AGAGAGAGAGAGAGAGAGAGAGAGAGAGAGAGAGAGAGAGAGAGAGACUCACCACCGGGAUUUUGAGGAAUUUGCCUGUGGUGUUAAAGGGAAGGGAACAAGUAAGAGAAACUGAGAGAGAGCUCUACCUAUCGACGGAUAUAAGAGAAGUCAAGAGCAUUAGGCAUAAGCAGCCAUACCCACUCAGGCACUAUGAAACGUCUUUGAGAGAGAGCGCGCAUUAAAAAAAAAAAAAACCCACCACAACCAGCCACUAACCAGGACUUUGCAGAGUCCAGGGAGAGCGAGCGCGAGAGUCCUUAGCACUGAUCUCUUUACAGAAUUAAAAGACUUUUUUUUUACAAAAAAAAGGUUGGUUUCCUUCUUUCUUUCAUGCGAGAGUCAUGAGUUCCUACUUUGUCAAUCCUCUUUUCUCCAAGUACAAAGGCGGCGAGUCUCUGGAACCAACUUACUACGAUUGCAGAUUUCCACAAAGUGUCAGCAGAAGCCAUGCUCUCGUGUAUGGUCCGGGCACCACGGCUCCCAGCUUUCAACACCCUUCACACCACGUCCAAGAGUUCUUCCACCACGGAACCUCCAGCAUCUCCAACUCUGGAUACCAGCAAAAUCCUUGCGCCCUGGCGUGCCACGGAGACGCUUCUAAAUUCUAUGGAUACGAAGCCCUACCAAGGCAGUCGCUUUAUGGUGCCCAGCAAGAGGCAGCCGUGGUACAAUAUCCUGACUGUAAAUCCUCUUCCAACAGUAACUCUAGCGAGGGACAAGGGCAUUUAAAUCAAAAUUCUUCUCCCAGUCUCAUGUUCCCAUGGAUGAGACCUCACGCUCCCGGAAGGCGCAGUGGCAGGCAGACUUACAGCCGGUAUCAGACCUUGGAGCUAGAGAAGGAGUUCCUCUUCAACCCCUAUUUGACACGGAAGCGGCGUAUAGAGGUCUCUCACGCCCUGGGACUGACAGAGAGGCAAGUCAAGAUAUGGUUCCAGAACAGGAGGAUGAAAUGGAAGAAAGAAAAUAACAAGGAUAAGCUCCCUGGAGCCAGGGACGAGGAGAAAACGGAGGAGGAAACUAACGAGGAAGAGGAAAAAGAAGAGGAGGAAAAAGAAGAAAGCAAGGACUGAUCUCUCUCAGCUCCUUGAAGUCAUCGUUUUAUGGCAGAUGAUAAAUCGAGAUGUUUACGACGGUCAUUCGCUUUUAUAGAGUAUAGAAUGGAGAGACACACACAACAGUAACUACCUGUCAAAGAGUUGCAGCUCCCCCUUUUUAUUGUCAGAGGACUUCCCCUAGUUUUUUUCCCUUAUGGCAGAUAUCCUUUUAAUUUUAAUAUUUUUUUUAAACAAACUAUUUUUGUUGUGGCUUCCAGUGAAGUAGCUAUAGAGCUGGACUGGUUUACAACCCAGUCCAAAGCCAGCUUUUAUCUAUUUCCAGACAAAUGGACCUCACCACCACCUCCAUGACCAGCAGCAGGAGCAGUGACCCCUCCCCCUUUCACUCCUCGCUGUAUUCCAGUUAUUGACAAAUGCAAGCAUCUUCUAUAUUUAUUUGGAAUGGGAAGGACUCCUGAUUCUUCUCUACCUUGUUUACCCCUCCCCUAGUUUAAGAAGGAGUUGGAAGGAAGGCGGAAGUGCUUAGUCUUAACUUUAAGAACAAGCAAAUACAGGUAUAUCAAUCUGCCUGUGUCCUUCCAUGCUAUGGUCCAUUUAUGAGUUUAACUUGUAGCUGUCAAUCAAUAGCUACUAAAGGACAAAUUCUUCUUGGAAGAUGGAAGUUUGACAUAUACCUGAAGACAAAACCAUAUGCUUAUUAGUUAUCUAUGAAUAUAUAUGUAUGUUUUGUCUACCUAUAUACGCCCUACGAUUUGGCAGACAAAGGCUAUAACUCUAGGCAUUUUGACUUGGAAGAAAGUCCCAGCCAAAUCAAUGGGUCUUAUGUUUGAGUAAACAUGCUUAGGAUAGCUGUGAAGAACAUGGAACCAUCUAAUGAUUUCUCUGGGUGUUGUUUACUCUAUUACUUGUGUGAGCACUCGACAUUCUUAACAUACUACCUAAUGGGAAACCUGCAAUAAUCAUCUAUUAGCAACAAGGUGGGGGCUUACUCAUACUAAAACUAAAAUUUAAAAAAAUUGUUCAAAAUCAUGUUAAAGAGAAGAGUUGUGUAUUGCCCCAAUGCAAGCUACUAAGUAGCAGAAAAUAAUAAUAAUGAAAAUAAAAAAUACAAAAAAUGUAAUGUAUCUUAUCACUACCUAUAGAAGGAGUCAUGCUUUGAAAGUAUUUGUAACGCGGUUUUGUUGUCGUAUGUUGCUGCUUAUUUCUUUUGGAAAAAAAAAUAUUUCCCAACAACUGAAACUGCCUAGAUAAGAACGCACAGUAUUGUAUUAUUUUAUUGUGCUUAUAAUGUAGUUUAGGACUUAAAUUGCACUGAAUGUAUAGUUAUCUAUUUGUCUUGACUUAUUCUCUGUUAAUGCUCAAAUUACACACACACACAGACACACACACACACCACUUCAUUGUUUUAUGUAAACCAUAGUUCUCUGCGUGCUCAAAACUCUGAAUGUAGCAAAUUUCUGCCAGAAAUCCAAUUCUGGCAACCGUGGAUUUGUAUUGUAUACGUGAGACAUUACGUAAAUAAACAAUAAAAC